CAGUUUCUUUAUGAGCUUUUUCACGCGAAGCCAUUUUCAAGAAAAAUAUACUUCAGUAGACGAUAUCUACCGAUAUAAUUUGAAAACAUAUUUUUUUCCGCAACAAAGAAAAUUUCUCAGACACUUUGUUAACGACGAGAUAUUUAACAAAAUUGUUAAGGGAUGGAGAAAUUGUACAGAAAUAAGAUCUUGUUUGAAAUACGUAACUGUAGAUCAAGAUUCUACGUUGUGUUUAAGUAAACUUUCGAAAGAAUUCAUUAUUAACAACAAUUUGGUGGAUGAUAUUUAUUGUUUGAAGAAAGAUCAAAUUCCCUAUGAGGUGAAUUUCUUGAUGCGAAAAGGUUUUCCGAUUCACGAGAAAUUUAACGACAUUGUGAGUAAGAUUAUAACCGCUGGAUUUAUCCAGAAGUGGACAAACGACGUAGAGAAAUAUAAAAAUAUGCAUAGAACUACCAAGCAUACUUUUAUAACAUUGAAAACACUCUGGCCAAUUUUAUUGUUUCAUUGCAUUUUCAAUACAAUAGCAGUUUUAAUUUUCGCCAUUGAAUACUGUUAUGGAUGCAGAAAUCAAAGAAACAAUAAUUCGAUUGAAGAUGAAAACCGUAAAAUAAAAUGUCAUAGUUUCGACAACAAAAUUGAAUUUUGUUUUUAAAAUAACACUUGAUUGCAUUUUA